AUGGCGGAACUCAAGGUGGAGCCUCGGGUGGGUGUGGACUGGCAGAAGCGUUGCCUGGCCCUGGAGACUCAGCUUCUCCGGUUCCGCCUACAGGCUAGCAAGAUAAGGGAGCUGCUGGCUGACAAGAUGCAGGAGCUGGAGCAGAGGCUGUUGGAAGCAGAGAAGAGAGCAGAGCAUGCAGAGACUCAGGUGAGUGUGAUGGAAGAGAAGGUAAAACUGUCCAAUCUGAAGAAUGUGGAUUCAGCAGGCAGCCUGCACCGGAAAUACCAAGAAUUGCUGAAAGCCAUGCAGGACAAAGAUGAGCUCAUCAGCCAGCUGAAGGUCCAGCUGGAGAAGCAGAAGCAGAUGAGAGCUGAGGAAGGAAAAAUGAUCCAAGAAAAGGCUGUGAAGAUCAAGGAAUGGGUGACACAGAAGUUAGGAGAGCUUGAGAUGGACAAUCAGCACCUGAGAGGCUGUAAUCAGCGCCUGGUAGAGCAGGUGGGAGCCCUUCAAGCCACACUAGAAGCUCUUCAGAUGCCAUCCUCAGAGAAGUUGCCUGUGAUGCCCCAGGAAACCCCAGAACAGGAUCUUGUUAUGUCGGGGCCUCGAAUCCAGCCAAUGGGGCAGGACAGUGGUCCAGAGACUGAGAGUUCCCUGAAGAUAGAAGUGCCUACACCUCCUCCAGGUGCCUUGAAGACCAAGGAAUCUGUUCCUGAAGCUGGAAGCUCCUUGGAGGCCUCUGGUUCCAGCCUGGUCUACUCUGGGUACAGAGCAGAGACCAGGACUCCUCAAGCCUAUAUGAGAAGAGAGGGUUCUUCUGGCCAGCUGCACAUGAAGCUUUGUAGGCCAAGAUUUGGUUCUGGUUCCUGGAGUGAGGGUCUGGCUAGUGCUCAGGAAGGGAUGUUCUCUGGGACAAAGAUCUCCACCAGGGAAAGUGGCCCGGGUGGCAGCCUGACCCUUCCAAAGGCACGGGCACCUGGCACCCCACGAGGCAGCGUCCAGCUGGCCAAACGGUACCACAGCCAGCCUCAGGUGGGCCCUGGGCAUUUGAACCACCAGGUCAGCACUGAGAUUGGGGCCCUCACGGCCCACCACCCCUCUGGCCACCUCAAGGUGAAGAAGACUGGAGUCGACCUCCGGGAGGAACUGGAGAAAAUGGAGAUGGAAGAGCCACCCACAGCAGGGAAGAAGGAUGGACGGGAAAGCCUGAAGAUCUCCAGGGCUGACCUGGAGGAGGUGGAGCUGGGGAACAAACCACCCACGCCGCCCCUGCACCGGUUUCCAUCCUGGGAGAGCCGGAUCUACGCUGUGGCCACUUCAGGCAUGCAGCUUUCAGAUUCAGGAGUAACACCCAGGAGCAAUACUGCCAACUACGCUUCAAGCCCUCCUGCCCUCGCGUCCCCGGGGCCUUUCUCUGGCCUUGUCUACAAGAACAUCACUGUGCCUGUCUACACAGCCUUGAAAGGGAAAGCCACACAGAUCAGCAGCAUGCCCUUCGUGGACGAGUCUUCAGGGUCUGAUGACGACUGUAGCUCUCAGGCGAGUUUCCGAACUUCAUUCCCGUGCUCCGAGUCCAGGAAGACCAGUGGACUGGGUAGUCCCCGGGCCAUCAAGAGAGGUGUCUCCAUGUCCUCACUGAGCUCCGAGGGUGACUAUGCCAUCCCCCCAGAUGCCUGCUCAUUGGAUAGUGACUACUCAGAGCCCGAGCACAAGCUACAGCGCACCUCAACUUACUCCAUCGACGGGCUGGGCCUCGGCGGGGAGUCACUGGAGAAGUCAGGCUACCUUCUAAAAAUGGGGAGCCGAGUGAAGACGUGGAAGAGGCGCUGGUUUGUCCUGAGACAGGGACAGAUUAUGUACUACAAGUCACCGAAUGAUGUCAUCCGGAAGCCUCAAGGUCAAGUGGAGCUGAACUCUCAUUGCCAAAUUGUUCGCGGGGAGGGCUCACAGACAUUCCAGCUCAUCUCUGAGAAGAAAACCUACUACCUGACGGCCGAUUCACCUAACUUGCUGGAAGAAUGGAUCCGUGUACUGCAAAGCCUGCUUAAAGUCCAGGCCAUUGGGCCUCCAGCCCUGCCUCAGGGUGGCACCAAGCCCACUGUGAAGGGCUGGCUGACCAAGGUAAAGCAUGGACACUCCAAGCUGGUGUGGUGUGCUCUCAUUGGGAAAACCUUUUACUACUAUCGGAGCCAUGAGGACAAGCGACCCCUGGGGCGCCUGCCCAUGCGAGACGCACGUAUAGAGGAAGUAGAUCGAUCCUGUGACUCAGAUGAGGACUAUGAGGCUGGAGGAACUGGGCGGCUACUUUCCUCUCACUGUACCUUGGUGAUCCACCCCCCAGAGCAUAGCCCCACCUACCUCUUGAUUGGCACCAAGCAUGAAAAGGAUACGUGGCUUUAUCACCUCACAGUGGCUUCAGGUGGCAGCAGUGCCAAAGUAGGCACUACCUAUGAGCAGCUCAUUGGAAAACUGAUGGACGGGGAGGGAGAUCCAGAUUCCCCCCUCUGGAAGCACCCCAUGCUGUGCUACAGCAGAGAUGGGCUGUUCACCUCCCUUACCACCUUGCCCUCGGAAGCCCUGCAGACAGAAGCCCUGAAACUCUUCAAGUCCUGCCAACUCUUCAUCAACGUGCCUGUGGAAGCCGCCUCAGUGGAUUACCAUGUGUCCCUGGCCCAGACGGCUCUGCAGGUGUGCCUGGUGCACCCCGAGCUGCAGAGUGAGAUCUACUGCCAACUCAUGAAGCAAACUAGCUGUCGCCCACCUCAGAAGUACUCCCUCAUGCAGUGCUGGCAGCUCCUGGCUCUGUGUGCCCCCCUCUUCCUGCCUCAGCAUCAUUUCCUCUGGUAUGUUAAACAGCAGCUCCAACGUCAUGCAGACCCCCGGAAUGAGACUGGACAGUAUGCCACUUACUGCCAACGGGCAGUAGAGCGGACCUUGCAGACUGGAGAGCGGGUAGCCAGGCCAUCCCGCAUGGAAGUGGUGUCCAUCUUGCUUCGCAACCCUUUCCACCACUCUCUGCCCUUCAGCAUCCCUGUGCACUUUGCCAAUGGGACUUACCAGGUGGUUGGUUUUGAUGGCUCUUCCACAGUUGAUGAGUUCCUCCAGCGGCUGAACCAGGAAACCGGCAUGAGAAAGUCCUCCCACUCUGGCUUUUCCCUCUUCACAGAUGAUCCUUCUGGCAGGGACCUGGAACACUGCCUCCAGGGGAGUGUCAAGAUCUGUGAUGCCAUCUCCAAGUGGGAACAAGCCCUGAAGGAGCUGCAUCCUGGGAAGUCCGAGGGUGGCACACGCAUUGUGAAGCUGCUGUAUAAGAACAGAUUAUACUUUCGGAGUCAAGUCAAAGGGGAGACUGAGCGAGAACGGCUGCUGCUUGCCUCCCAGAUUAGUGCAGAGAUAGUAGCAGGGAGGUUUCCAGUCAACAAAGAACUGGCUCUUGAGAUGGCUGCCCUAAUGGCUCAGGUAGAAUAUGGGGACUUGGUGAGACCUAUCCUGCCAGGCUCUGGGAACGCACCUCCUGCCAAGGCUCAGCAUCUCCUCCAGCAGGUCCUAGACAAGUUUUACCCAAGACGCUAUAGACAUGGGGCCCCUGCUGAACAGCUGAGGCACCUGGCAGAUAUGCUGACCUCAAAGUGGGCAGCACUGCAAGGCUGCUCCCCUCCUGAGUGCAUUCGCAUCUAUCUGACUGUGGCCCGGAAAUGGCCUUUCUUUGGUGCUAAACUUUUUACUGCUCAACCUGCCCAGAUGUCUUCUAAGGAGAACAGUCUGGUGUGGAUUGCUGUGAAUGAGGAUGGUGUCAGCAUCCUGGACCACAAUACUAUGCAAGUGCACAUCACUUACCCCUACUCUUCAGUGACAACCUUUGGUGGCUAUCGGGAUGACUUCAUGCUUGUCAUCAGAGCCAGUCCAGACCAAAGUUCUGGGAAAGGUCACAUUGAAAAGCUCAUCUUCCGUAUGGCUGCUCCUAAGAUUGCCGAGGCUACCUUUGUCAUGGCCAGCUACAUGAACCACUGUUCUACAACUGUGAACCCACCAACCAACCCUCCUGCUUCCCACCAACCCAGGGAGAUGGAUCGACGACAGUUCUUUGCUUCUAUUCCACAAGCUACAAAGGGGCCAACAUUACUGUGA